AUGACAAUGGCUACCCUUUAUACAGGACGCAGAGCUCACGAAGAUGGUGUCAGGAAAGUUACAAUCAAAUCUCGCUCUGGAGCGUUCGAAACCCUAGAUAACAGCUGGAUUGUCCCGUAUUCGCCCUUUCUAUGUAAAAUGUUUAAUGCCCACAUUAUUGUAGAAGCAUGUAAUUCACAGAACUCUGUCCACGCAAUCAAGUAUAUCUGUAAGUACAUAAAUAAAGGAAGCGACCAAGCAAUAUUUAAUCUCAGGAGUGAAGGAUAUAAAGACCUUCAAACUGUCAACGGUCGGGAAUGCGCAAUUUAUAGAGAAGCAUGUGAAGCUCUGCAUCUUUUAGAAAACGAUAAUCACUGUGAUGAAACCAUGGAGGAAGCUGUGCAGUGCCAGUCACCAGCCAAAAUUAGGGAUCUUUAUGCAACUCUCAUAUCAUCUUGCGGGCUAUCUAAUGCACAUGAAUUGUGGGACAAAUAUAAAGAGUACAUGGCGGAAGAUAUUUUGCGAAGGUUACAGCAGACACACGCGAACAUGACAUACAAUCAACACAUUUAUAAUGAAGCACUUGGAAAAAUUGAAGAUAAAGUAAUGGCAAUGGUAGGCAAAAAAUUAAGCGACUUUGGUACGAUAAGCCCUCAGCGAACAACCGAAAAUGAACCAAGUGAUGAAAUUAUACGUGAAACAAACUACGAUAUACCAGCUUUGCAGCAGCAAGUAGCCGAAUUUGUACCCCGCUUGCCUCCCGAAUAA